AUGACUUCCAUCGCAGCCGGUCUCUUCAAGUCAUUGCCCAAGCCUAAAUACACCGGCGAGGAUGAGGAGUUGCCGCCUCACGCCCAGCCGCGCGGGCCGCGGGUUCUCGGCGCUGGUCAACUUGACGAGACGCAAGUUGUUGUAAGGAGAGCCGGACCGCCGCCGUACGGAAACCGCGCAGGAUGGCGACCUCGAGCCCCAGAAGACUUUGGCGAUGGUGGCGCGUUCCCUGAGAUUUUGGUUGCUCAGUAUCCUCUUGAUAUGGGUCGCAAGGGCACAUCAUCUACGUCCAAUGCUUUGGCUGUGCAGGUCGAUGCGGAAGGAAAAGUCAAGUACGAUGCUAUCGCCCGCCGCGGUCACAGUGAAAAUCGCAUCGUCCAUGCCUCCUUUAAGGAUCUCAUUCCGCUGCGCCAGAGGGUCGAUAUGGGCGAGAUUUCGUUAGAUCGACCGUCAGAGGAGGAAGUUCAGGCACAGAUGGAGAAGACGAAGAAUGCAUUGGCAAACUUGGUUUCGGGGGCCGUGGCUUCGCAGAAGCCGAAGAACGUGAAGGGCGGACAAAGAGCAGAGCCUACGUUUGUCCGAUACACUCCCGCGAACCAGAUGGGAGAUACAAGCAAGAAGAAUGAUCGCAUCAUGAAGAUUGUCGAAAGGCAGCAGGAUCCCAUGGAGCCGCCCAAGUUCAAGCACAAGAAGAUCCCCCGUGGACCGCCGUCACCACCGCCUCCCAUUAUGCACUCACCUCCCAGGAAGCUUACGGCCGAGGAUCAGGAAGCGUGGAGGAUUCCUCCACCCGUUUCCAACUGGAAGAAUCCCAAGGGUUACACGGUGCCGCUUGACAAGCGUCUGGCUGCAGAUGGACGUGGUCUGCAGGACACCACUAUCAAUGAUAAAUUCGCCCAAUUUGCCGAAGCACUGUUUACUGCUGAUCGACACGCGAGAGAGGAAGUCAAGCAACGUGCCCUCAUGCAGCAGAAACUUGCUGAAAAGGAGAAGGCACAGAAGGAAGAGCAUCUCCGUAUGCUCGCGCAGAAGGCGCGCGAAGAACGAGCGGCUGCUGCCUCGAGCCGGCGCGACUCUAGAGCUCGUUCUCGCUCUGUCACCGCCAGCAGAAGCCCGUCGAGGUCUGUCUCGCCUAGUGAUGACGAAGAAGAAGCUGCUCGAGAGCGUGAGCGCGCCCGUCGUGAGAGGCGCCAAGAGGCAGAGCGUCAACUCCGCCAGUCACGUAUGGGUACGGAACGGAGGAUCCAGAUGAUGGCUCGAGAACAGAAUCGUGAUAUCUCUGAAAAGGUCGCGCUGGGAAUGGCAAAGCCGACCCAAAGCUCCGAGACCAUGUACGAUUCUAGACUGUUCAACCAGACGAGCGGACUGGAUUCUGGGUUCAACGAGGAUAACCCGUACGAUAAGCCACUGUUCGCCGCACAGGACGCCAUCAACAGUAUCUACCGCCCGCGAGCUCAGGUAGAUGACGUCGAUGACGAAGAAGCAGCAGCUGGUGAGAUGGGCAAGAUUCAAAAGAGCAGCCGGUUCGAAGUGCUGGGCCGUGCCAAGGAAGGAUUCAAAGGGACGGCUGACGCUGAGGCUCGUGAAGGCCCCGUUCAAUUCGAGAAGGAUACGACCGAUCCUUUCGGUAUCGACAGCAUGAUCGCCGACGUUACGAGCGGCGGAGCCGGCCAGAAGCGAUACGGUCUCCAGGAAGCUGACCACGAAGAUCGCGGGUCUAAGCGCGCGAGAAUGGAAGAGGCGGACUAA